AGAAUGCCACAUCAUGUCUUGCCAGCAAUUAGGCCCCACCUAAGCUUUGUGCGUUGCCGUGAGGAUGUCAAUAUCUCGAGAAAUCUACAAGUAGGAAUUGCAUGUCUUGUAAAGUCCUCGGAUUUACCCCAGACUGUCAUUGCUGGAUAAUGUCACUCAUGGCGAGACUUCACGUGGCUUCUGUCUUCUUGCUGCUCACUUUUGUAAUUGUACAGACAUCAACCACUUCAGAAAUAUUGAUAUCUGUCCUCACCCGAGGACCGGCUACAAAUACCGAGAUUCCAGUAGGCACUGCCCAAUCCAUCCUAUUAGGAACGCCAGAUAUCAUUGUAUCAGAAACCGUCAUUAUUGGGGACUCAACCAUCAAACCGACUACAAUCAACACUACAAAAACACAAUGUAUAAUGACACCUGAACACACACCGUCACCAAUAACCAAUCCAGAGAAGUCUAUUGUAUCAGCUAACAGAAAAAACACCAAGAAGAUAAACGUGCAAAUGGCAACUACUAAAAUCACAACAACCGUAUCAAAAAAGGGAUAUCUAAAAUCUUCUACAACUACACGGAGCACAAUGGUCUCUACAGUUAUUACUAAAGAUUCCAGACCCCCGUUACGGUAUACCAAUAAUACCACCGCUAGCUCUUCGAUACCAAAGUCUGCUCCUUGUAACACAACCGUUGGUACAUCAACUAAUGCCACAACCACAACAUCAUCCACAGCAAGCUACAUCACAUCCACGUUAGCACCUGCCAAAACCACAACAACAAUCACAAUGAACUUUAAAUUAACCGGCAUCCCACGGUUUGCAGCGAAGAAACUGCUACAAGAGGUGUGCUCACUGCUAAAGUUUGCUCCAUCCAACAUUUCUGGAGUUAUGGUGACUUUGUUUCAGAAGAAGAAGAUUUCAUUAAACUGUACAAAAUAUUAACCCUUUCAUAACCUUCCACAGAUCCCUCGUCGAUACACUGUAAUGCAAAAUGUCAUCGUUUUCCUGUAACCAAGGCUGAAAAAAAGACUUGGCUCACGUUCAGCAUUUGACAAAACUUUGUUUAUAAUGCUAAACCAAAAAAAAAUUAAUCUGAAGCAAUUUACUGUUUUGCCACAAAUUGGGGGGAAAAAAUCCUUCUUGACCUCUCGCAAUCAGAUUGUCCUUGGAUCAAUAUCAACCAAUCAGGUCCAUAGAAAGACAUUUCUCAGCGUCUCUUCAAACAUCUCUUCGCUUGUAGAGAACACUCAGGGCAUCUAUUACAUUUUAAUAAAGAGAGAUAUUCCGGAUUUUUUAUAGCCCCGGUGCCUAAUAUACUUACCGAUUAGUGGAUUAUCAGAUCAUGAGUGGUUGGGCAUGGUGGGCCAGCUCAGGGGCUUGUUAGCGACACCAAAAGCAUCACUGAGAUGUUUCUUCAUGGUCAUUCCUGCUCCCGUCCCAAAUGUGGCCAACAUUGGGUAGGUAUGUAAGGCUGAAAUUCUUUC